AUGCCUCUCAUUAAUGUAUCCCACGACUCGCUACCCUGUAAGUCUUCCUCGAUCCAACACCCGCCAGACAAACCACUCACACAAGCAGACGUCGACCCGGCGCCCACAGAUGCCGCGCGACAAAACGCCCAGCGCCUCAUCAACGCCGAGCUCGCCCCAGACCACAUCAGCACGCUGCACCCCUCCAUCCCAGCCGUCCCAGAAACAAAAACCAGCGCGCUACUAGCACAAGAAAUCGAGCGCAAAGCCAGCGGCGGCAUCGACCUAACGCGAUACGAAGCGCCCGAAGCACCGACUCGAGUCUCCGACACCGACGCCCCGAACCUGGCCGAGUGGAAAGACACCCUGCGCAAAGCAUAUAUCUCAGCCUCGCACCUCUCGAAGCGUCAUGAGAAUUUGACGCUGCUCGAAGAGGGGGGUAAGAAUGCUUGGUUGAUUGGGAAUAUGCAGUUGGAGGAUAUUCUCCGGGGCCUGGAGAAGGAGCUUGCGGAGACGAAGGCGGAGGCGGAGGAGGUUAAUCGCCAGCGCAAGAUUGCUCAGGAGUCCAGCUCUGGGGAGUUGGAGAGUCUUCAGCAGACGUGGUGGCGGAGUGUUACUGCCGCUAUGCAGGUUGAGGGGGCGGCGGAUAGUAUUCGGAAGCAGAUUUUGGAUUUUAGGCGGCAGGCGGCGCAGCAGCAGCGGUAG